AUGAAUAAUACCAGUAAUAGGAACGGGACUGGUCUAGCAGGUAGAAAUCGUACAGAUACAGCCGGUGGAGGUGGUGGUACAGAUAAAUCUCCAUUUAUUAAGAGAGAUAGAUUGAAAAGGAACUUCCUGAGAUCAAGAUUCAAUGGGAAAAAUAGACCAAUAGUGAAAAAAGAUGAUCCUGAAUUGAUCGCCAAAAGAGAAGAAGAAUUACUAUCUGGAACUACCGAUACUAUGGGAUCAACUCCCGACGGCUCCGUUAAAGUUAAAUCUGAAGGCAAUAUUACUGCGAAUAUGACGAACAAUACCAAGAAAGACGAUGAAGUUGAAGAACAAUUCAAUGAAUUUCCCUUGAGAGCCAUCUCAAAGGAUGAUUUGGAAAAUAUGAGAACACAUCUUUUAAAGUUUCAAAGCAAAAAGAAAAUCAAUCCAAAUGAAUCAUUCCAUUUACCAAUCAGAUUACAUAGAAAGGAUACCAGAAAUUUACAAUUUCAGUUAACAAGAGCUGAAAUCGUUCAGAGACAAAAAGAAAUCGCUGACUACAAGAAAACUCAACAACAACAGCAAGGGCAACAACAAGGAAACUUUGUACCAACAUCCGCUGGGAAAAACCAACCGUUGCUCUCUACAGCAGGAACUCCAAUAAAUGCAACAAUCGCUUCAACUCCAUCUACGACGAUGACGACGACGACGACAGCAACAGCAAUUACAUCUGAUUCAAAUACUACAAACCUACUUUCCACUACAACCCCAACACCUACUCCUACUCCAUUAAACGCAACAAACACACAAUCAUCUGCGAAAAAUCCUCAACAACAAGGUAUGCCAGAACAACCAGUGAAAUUAGUAACACAGUUAGAAGAAGCAGGUAUAGCAGAGGAUCCAACUAAAGUAGGUAUGGUGAAAUAUGACGGUCAAGAAGAUUUAAAUACCACUUUUGAGCCAGGGACAACGGACCCAUUAGCUGACGUGGCACCAGACGGUGGUGGUCGUUCCAAAAGAGGAAAUUCAAGGAGGAAAACACGUCAAUUGAAAGUGUUAGAUGAAAAUGCUAAGAAAUUAAGAUUCGAAGAAUUCUAUCCAUGGGUGAUGGAAGAUUAUGAUGGGUAUAAUACUUGGGUUGGGUCAUAUGAAGCUGGGAAUUCAGAUUCUUAUGUGAUGUUAAGUGUGGAAGAUGACGGAAGUUUUACCAUGAUUCCUGCAGAUAAAGUUUAUAAGUUUACUGCUAGAAAUAAAUAUGCUACCUUGACUAUUGAAGAAGCUGAAAAGAGAAUGGAUAAGAAGAGUGGGGAAGUCCCCCGUUGGUUAAUGAAACAUUUGGAUAAUAUUGGUACCACUACCACAAGAUAUGAUAGAACGAAAAGAAGACUGAAAGCUGUUUCUAAUGCUGGAGAUGAGGAUGAAGCUCAUGAUGAUAAUUCAGAAAUUGAAUUAGAUUAUGAUGAAGAAUUUGACGAUGAUGAAGAGGCACCAAUCAUUGACGGUAAUGAACAAGAAAAUAAAGAAUCUGAACAACGUAUUAAGAGGGAAAUGUUACAAGCAAACGCAAUGGGGUUGCGUGAUGAUGAGAUAAUUCCUGAUGAUGAUGAAGAUGAUCUAUUUUCUAAAAAGAAGAUUGAUGUAGAAGGUGAAAGAAUUAAGAAGGCUUUGCAAAAGACGGAAUUGGCUGCGUUGUAUUCAUCCGAUGAUGAAGAAAUCAAUCCAUAUUUAUCAGAAUCUGAAACAGAAAUAAAGGAGGAGGAUGAAAAGAAAAUUAAAAAGGAGGAAGUGGACAAGGGAUCCUUGUCCAAAAAAUCGUCUCCAAGGAAACAGAAAUCACCCAGCGCGAAUAAUAUCCCUAAACAACCAAAACUCAAAGUCAAAAGUAUCAAUGAUUGUGUAGUUGUUUUACAAGGUGACAAGAAGAUUUUAAAGAACUUCCCUCAGGGUGAAUGGAAUCCAAAUGCUCCUAAACGUAAGAGACAAGAACCAACUCCCGAAGAGAGCACCACGAGUGAGAUUGGCGUUAAGCAAGAAAUAAAUAAUAAUCCUCGUUUGGCAACUGCACCAAGUAGCCCAACUCCAACAAUAAUGAAACAAGAAGGUGAAAAUGAGGAACCUCUUUCGAAGAAAGUCAAAACUGAAUUUUCUGCUGAUAAUAGCACAGCUAUACCGCUAAUUACAGAAGCAGAUAUAAUUGCAGCAAUUGGUGAUGGUAAAGUUAAUGUUAAAGAUUUUGGGAAGACAAUUAGGAAGAAAUAUCCAGGUCCAGAAAACAAAAAAUUGAUGUUUGCUAUAGUGAAAAAAUUGUGUAGAAAGGUUGACAAUGAACACAUGGAAUUGAAGAAAUAA